GCAAACUAUUGCUCGUAUAUUAUUGUUUACAGCACGUGUUUAGUACAUUAAAACAUACAGCGCGCGAAACUGCGCAUGCCGCAGUGAGUGGAUCAGUAAACAUCCUUAUCGCACCGUAUGUGUGAGUAUACCCUCCGCCAAUAAGGACCGUCUAUUUAUAUGAAAUAACUUGUUGAUCGCUACUUGUUUAAUUGUAUGUGUAGUUUGUGCUGGAUUAAUACAAUUGGGAAUUGAAGAGUCAUGGAUUGGAGCAGUACAUGCUGACGGUCGAAUACUUGUUUCUACCAUGAUCACUUUGCAAAUUGUGUUCGGCUUCACUGUGGCCGUGCUUAUGGCAUCGAUGGCUGAUUCCAUGGUCCAGGAACUAAUGAAUCCAGCCACUCCCGGUGCGUGCGUUGCUGACGACCUCAACAUAACCUGCAAUUAUACCGGCAACCAACCUAAACCUAGACUUGUGUUUAAAUCCGACCCUGAAAGGUCACACUGGACCCAAACCGACGAAAUCGUUGCCACCUUCCAUUUGUCGAAUAUUUCGGCAUAUGACAACUACGUCAAUAUCUUUUGCUGCGUGGAAAGUUGCGUCCCGUUCGCACCUUUUCGACAACCAGCUAUACUCCGUGUUUACAGUCAGCCUAUACCACUACAAAAUUUUAGUUGUGAAGUCUACAACUAUCAUGAACACAUGUCAUGCACGUGGUACCUGGGUCAGAAGUAUCUGAGUACUCCACCAGGCAUCGAAUGCAAUUUUCGACUUCCCAACAAUUCUGGUUCAUGGACAAACUGCAAUCAACGAAUCAUAUGGAAAUUUCAAGACAAUUUCAUCACAGUUGUUUUACGCUCAACGGCGGAUGGAGACUUCAGCAUGAAACAAGUUGAUUUCAAAAUGACUGUCGUCUCACAAUGUGGCAAAAACGUCUCUGAAGUGUACCAAGUGCAUACAAAGAAUAUAGUGCGCCCCGCCCCUGCCAAAGAUUUAUCGACUGUCGUGAUCAACAGCACAUGCAUCGAGUUAGGGUAUACACAGACAGUGUACCUUAAUUACAGUCUGAAGUACACCCUUACUGUCUCCAGUCGUUGGAAUGAUACCAAGGUUUUCACAGGUGUAUCAAAACAGGCAAUCAACAAGCAACUGGUGUGCUACCUGCAUCCCUACACCGAGUACACGAUGACUGUACAGCUUCAACCGGAGCACGGAGGGUUGUUUAGCAGCCCCGGCACUAUAAGCAGCAUAACCCUCCAGAGUGUGCCAUCAUCAGGUCCACUGUUGAUUCGCGGUGGGUACCUCUGGAAUCCACAAGAUUGCAUACGCGGCAGACACCGGGACCUCACUGUCUACUGGCAGGAGAUACCAGACAGUCACAAAAAUGGUGACAUCAUUUAUUUCACUGCGUCUUUAACUCCGCUUAACGGCGGGGAUGUACUAACCGAGUCAGAUGUCGCCUCGAAGGUCCGCCAGAAAAGUUUCCUGGGUCAGCGCGUGAGGUGUGAUACGGCCUAUACUGUCACUGUCGCUGCGUACACUAAUAUAGGGUCGUCACCUGUAAAUUACACAAUUCAAGUUUCCAAAUUUAGCACAGACUUACCACAGCCAGAGUUCUGGACAGGCAUUGUGAACCAAACUAAUGUGGUCAAUGAAACCCAAAUGGUGGCCAUACAUUGGCCCCAGGUCUCCUCAGAAGUGAAGCAAAAACUUCAAGUUCAGAGUUUCACUGUCUGUUAUUGCCGAAAAUCCAUUGGCAAUUGCCAGAACGAUGUUCCUGUGAGGUGUUCAUCAGCAAACGUCUCGGAAAACUCUGUCAAUUUAACAGUUUCAUUUCCAGAAGACUACUUGUAUGGGGUAUCCAUGACAACGCCUUUAGGUGAUAGCGGCUUGAUGUGGCAGAGUUGCCUGUACCUCGAAAAUGCCGAACCAACCAAGGCACCAUUGAAUGUGAAUGCUCGGACCGGCUCAGGCGACAAUACGAUUAUUGUUCUGUGGUCCCCGCUGCCGUGUGAAUCUGGCCAGCCGUACAUUGAAAGUUACACUAUCCAAUACUGCCCCGUGGAAAAGAGUGACAUACCCUGCUCAGGUUUGUGCAAUGAGCUGAGUGUGAUAGGCACUGCUUCCAGUCACAACAUAAAGGAACUGAUUGAAGACCAGACUUACUGCUUUACAGUGAUGGGUGUAACAACCGAUGGGAGUCAGGGACCGGCCAGCAAGCCUGCCUUCGCUGUGGCCCGCAACAAUGAUUUAAAGCCAGGAACUAUUGCAGGAAUAGUUAUCGGCGGACUGUUCAUGCUGAUCAUUAAUGGCAGUGUCAUCUUUUUGGUUUUCAGGAACUGUCAACAGCGAAUGACGUUGUGGAAACGAAAGAAGAUGGAUAUUACGAUUACAGAAAUGAAAACCACUGGAAAUUUUAAUACGAUUUUUGUCAUUUCAGGAGAAAAGUCAGAAGAAUACGUGUCAUCAAAUUCUGAUGUUGAAGAAUAUGAAUCGAAUAAUAAAAAUAUGCGUGAUCUCGAGAGGCAGGUGAGCAAGGACAGUGGUGUGGAGGACCCCGCUAGUACCCCUCCCCAUGAUCAGGGCUUCUGUAAUAAUGCCAAACAAGAGCUCAAAAUUGUGCACGAAGGUGCAGAGUUUCAGAGGGAGACGGGAAUCAUAGGCCAUAAUGCCACGACCACACAGUCAUGGUCGAGCGGGGUAACUGAUUUAAAACAACCUGCUCUAAAAUCUGAUCAUUUUGUUAACCCAUCGUCAGCUCAUAUUGGCAGCUACGCCCCUGUCCCUACACUUGAAUCGACGGACGAUUGCGAUUCUGGUGGACUUCAGAAACGGAACAUACACAAUCUGAAACUUCAUGUUGAUGGAGGCAGUAUAUUUCAUCAGGCUUCUGAUCCAAGCAUUCCCUUUGCAGACUAUGUAUUUGCAAUAAAUGAAGAAACGACACCUCACAUAACAUCAGAAUCCCCACACUUGGUCAAACUUCAAACUGUUCCUAUACCGAUUGCAUUUAAAACACAAGCUGAUAAACGACCCGACUCACUCAUCCAAGAAAAUGAUGCCUUGAAUUCAGUUCUAGAAUCAAGCACUACUGCAUCUAAAUUGUCACUCUGUCAUUUUUCAAACACCGAACCAGUCGAAAGCUAUUACAUGAAAGCAGACGUUGGACUAACAGAGGUAUCAUCCCUCGCUGAUGGCUGCGUUACAUUUGGUACGGACGUUAAACAAGAAGACACUCAACCUAACAAUAUGAGUAAUCAAAUUAUUAAUAAGCCUGGGCUGACCAAUUAUGUCUCCACCGACAGACAUGACAACGACAGUCGCCCGUAUGUAGUAGCGGGUCACAUUCCACUGACCAAGGUUUGAACUCUGACAAGGCCAACCAGCGGAUAUCUGUGUCGGACAGCGGUGAGCAAUCAAACGUUCGUCCCUCUUGGGCAUUUCAAACGAAUACUUCUUUAUGUAAGCGGCGCAUAUGAGACCAUCUUAACCAACAGUUUGCAUGUCAAAUGAGGUGCCGACUUACAAAAUUUGUUAAUUCUACAUUUAGAAAUAAAAGGCCGUUCGCAUGGCACUUGUCUGUAUUUUGGGAUGAAUCUGUGUGUGUGUGUGUGCAUUCGUAGGAUCAUUGAUACAUGCUAUCAGGCAAUUCUAACUAACUUGACAUACAUGAUUAAUAUUAGAAGACAUUAGAUAACUAGACAUUAUUCACAGGUCAGGGUAACCCAUGUCAUUGAUCAAUUUUACAAAUUACAAUUGUUACAAUACCUCAAAUUUGUCUUCAUGAUUGACAUGCAAAAUUUAUCACAGCCCUGAUAUGCCUUUCGCUUGUUUAUUUGCAUUCCUAUUGCAUGCAAAUAUAAUUUUGAACAUUCAAAUUCAUAAUGGAACACAUAUAUUUAAUUUAUAUUUUUGAUACAGCGAUUACAGCGUAUGUAAACUGCGAUAAAAUUUAUUGAUGAAUGGUGAUGAAUGUAUUGAGUUCGUUGGAAUUGGGAAAUUCGUAAUGAUAUUGAUAUUUUUAUUCUAUAGAAAGUACUAUGCCAUCAUUAUAUAAAUGGAAGUUUUUCCACAGUUUGUUCGAGAUAAGUUUUUUUUAUCUUUCACUCAUUGCAGUGUGCUUGGGAUUGUUGGAUUAUUAUUUAAUCAAUAUGUUUAUAAUUGCUUCUUUUGUUGUUCAAAUAACAGGAUCUUUUCAAACACGUUAAAUACGGUUUUCUUCAUGGCCAUAUUGUUCAUAGCGCGGUAUCUGCACAUUAUUUUGUUACAUUGUCCUUAAAUUACCAAAUGUGCUUUAUCUCGAAAUCCGAGCAUGUGUAUUUCACAUAUUACAGAAAACAUUAUAAGCAUAUCUUAAUUGACUUCCGGAUUAAUGUAAUGUGCUUUUACGCAGCUCAAGACCCUAUAGUCUCAAACUAUCUCAGAAUAUGACAAAAUCCUUUACUGUGACUUCAUUGGUGUGCUUUUAAUUCUGCAUUUUGAGCACUGAAAGUGGGAAUGAUUAUUUCUACUUAUAUGUCUACUGCCAAUGUUCGAUCAACCCGCAAUAAGUGAAUACUUCUGGCCCAUAACCUGUUUCCCAAGUAGUAGAUAAUUUAAUGUAGUAUUUAAGGGACAUAUUGGCCAAAUAAUACCUCUUUAAUCGAGGAAUCUGAAAUAUAUAUUUUUGGGUAGCCACAGCUGGUUAAAUCAUACCCAUAUACUUAAGCCGUUAUUUUGUUUGAUUGAAGUUCUUGUGUAUAAGUGCUUAGGUGAAUGUGUUGCUAUUUUUGCGCCGCUCAUGCUUGAUAUUUUAUCUUUAUAUUGCAUAUGAUUUCCGAUUUAAGAUAGAGAACUUUACCAAUGUAUAACCAUGCCCCAAGAAUGAAUUUUUGUAAUUUUAAUAUUCUGAUAUUUUACUUAUAUAUGCUCUUAUAAUGUACUUAUGCUAUUUAAAAACAAUGUUCAUAUACUUUUAAAUACAUGCUUUUGAGAUAUAAACUUAUGUAUGGUCUUUUUUAUAAAUAAAUAUUAAUAAAGGAUAUUAUUA